UCGACACUAUAUAAAAUAUUUAGGUAUAUCAUAUAUCAUAUUGUAUAUAAUAGAAUAGAAUAGAUAAUGGCUGAUUUCCUUACUACUUUUGAAAAAUUAUCCUUAAAGGAUAUUUCAGCUGUUGAUGAAUCCAAAUUUGGUCCAUUGACUGAUGAGCAAAAGGCAUUAUCAUCUCAAUUUCAAACCUUAUCUGGUAGAUUAAAUGAAGUUGAAUCUUUAACUGCAUUAAAUGAUAAUUUAAGAUCAAAGACUUUUAUUGUUGGUACUAUUCCUUCUAAGGCCGACUUUGUUGUAUUUGAAAAAGUCUUCCCAUUAUCAUUCAAAUGGACCAGUGGUGAUGAUUUAGCCAAGUAUAGACACAUCAUCAGAUGGGUUGAUUUAUUUCAAACCAAAUAUGUUGAUGUUCCUGAAGCUGAAAAGUUAAAGAUUGACUAUGACACUCCACUUCCAAGAGAAGUUAAGGAAAAGAAGAAGCCUGCCGCUGCUGCCGCUGCUGCUGCUGCUCCAGCCGAUGCUAAAGCUGCUAAAGCUGAAAAGUCUGCUUCUCCAGCUCCAACCGGUGAAAGAAAAGAAUUAACUGAAGAAGAAAAGAAACUUAAGGCUGAAGCUGCCAAAGCCAAGAAGGCUGCUAAAGCUAAGGCUAAGGCUGAUGCUAAUGCUGCCAAAGCUCCAGAAGCUGCUCCAAGUCCAGCAUUAAUUGAUUUUAGAGUUGGAUUCAUUCAAAAGGCUGAAAAACAUCCAAAUGCCGAUUCCUUAUACGUUUCUACUAUAGAUAUGGGAGAUGAAGAAGGUCCAAGAACCGUAUGUUCAGGUUUAGUUAAUUAUUUCCCUCUUGAAGCUAUGCAACAAAGAUGGGUAGUUGUUGUUGCUAAUUUAAAACCAGUUACUAUGAGAGGUAUUAAAUCAUCAGCUAUGGUAUUCUGUGCUUCUAAAGAUAAUAAAGUUGAAUUCAUUAAUCCUCCAGCCAAUUCUAAACCUGGUGAAAAGAUUUUCUUUGAAACUUAUGAUGGUGUACCAGAGAAACAAUUAAAUCCAAAGAAGAAAGUAUGGGAAACUGUUCAACCAGGAUUUUCUACAAAUGAAAAUUUCGAAGUUACAUACACUUCUGAAGGUAAGGCUCCAGUUAGAUUAGUUAAUACAAGAGGUGAACUUUGUAAGAACACUACCAUUGUUGGAGCUGAAGUUAAAUAGUUAGACACAAAUUGUUAUUGUUCCAUAGAUAAUGAAAACUUACGUAGUGCGCACCAUUUUUUUCCAGCCUGUAAUGAGCAU